AAAUGUUUGGAAACUACAGAAAUUCACGAAAGGACCAUACUUAUGUUAAAGAGGCUUAUUCAGGCAUAAAAGGGAUGUUUGAACACCGUCGAUACACAGAUGAGUUCAGAAGCCCUAACAGGCUUCCAAACCCUCUCAUGGGGAAUCAGAGGGAGAACAGAAAUCAAAAUAGGAUCAAAGCGAAUUAUUCAAAAUAUAUUAAAGAAGUGAUUAAAUAAUAUCAGAAGGCAGAGGAGCAAGCAACUGUCUGACAGGAAUAGAUUGUUAAAAGCAAACAAGCCACGAAUCAGGAAUGUAGCUAUGAAUAAUAUCCUAACUACCAAUUCCAACAAGAAGUUCACGAAUAUGACAAAGGUUGAACAGAAGUUAACAAGAACGCUGGAUUUUUCAGAUAAAGAGUUCAAAACUCCUGAUUUGACCACCAAAAUCAGGAAGAAUUUAGACGUUUCACUAGGCUAUAGUAAUGAGAGAGGAAUUUUAGGACAAAUGCAUUCCCAUAGGUCUUCAGGUUCUUCUAGGUCAGGCUCAAAGCGUAGCCUAAGGAACUCCUAUGAACUUAGGAGUCAUUCCCCAAUUGAAAGGAAAAAGGAUACUGAAGAAUACUAUAUUACCCUUAAAUCUCAAAUCAGCGAGAAGGAAAAACAGGCCAAAGAACAAAAAGAAAUGAAGAAACUUGAAGACGCUGAAUACCUUGGACUCAUGAUAAAUCACUUCCCAUUUGGUAAAAUGGGAGCUGGAGCUCCCUUAAGGGACAAAAAUGGUCACAUUCUUGCAGAAAGAGGACAUAUGAGUGAUAAAGAUACAAAUGAAACUCCAGUUCUUUACUCUCCAAAAGAGGCAUACAAUAGCUUCAGCCACCAGAAACAGCCAGAUAAAAGUUGAAAACUUUUGUUAAUCUUUAGCUAAACCUAAGAAAUUUAAAGUUCCGAGACUUACUAAGCUAUUCGAAUGUGAAGCCAAUGAGAUUCAGAAACAGAAAGAAAAGGAUGAAUGGAAGGAAUACCUUAAAAAAGAGGUAAAAGAAAGAGCUAUUAGAAAAUAAGAAAUUGCUUGAAGACCAGAAACGUCUCGAAAUGGAAGAGGAUAAAUAAAAUCCAGAGAGAGUUAGCAGAGAUGCGGCUGGAAUAUCUCAAAGAGUCGAGAAAUACUACGAUUAACCCGUAUUCCUCACCAGAUGUAGGUAAUUCCAAGGGGAGUUAUAUGAUCAUAAAAUCAUCAUCUAAAUCUCCGAGGAUGCCUGACAUUGCAGCUAGGCCUCAGCCAGUGGCCCAGCCAGUAUCUCAGCAAAAGUCAUGGCAGGAUUUAGAGAAAUGUUCGAAGAGUUUAAUUGAUAUAAAUGCAGAGAUUUUGGAAAGACUAAAUAAAAUGAGAAAUGAAGU